CUCGAACGCAUCUUCAGUGUACGUGUUCUCUCUACUCAUGUGGAGUACGACAGUGAUUCAGAUUUGAAAACAGUGCGAACGCAAUUGACUGUCAAAUUUUGUUCAAAUAUGGUAGCAGACGGCUAACGUUUGGUGAUCGUGAUAUUUACGUUACAUUUGUUCUCUCCCAUGUUUUUAUUGACAAUGAAAGAAAGAGUGAUGGAUAUGCUAAUGUUAUUCAUCUUUGUGAAUCAAAUCCUACAUAUUUUCGGAAAAAUAACCGUAUUACGCGGAUCGUUAUUACCAACGGAAUCUACACAAGUAAAAGUCAUAUGUCUCUCAGAGGAUGAUGGCGGUGCUCUUGUGUGGAACUACAAUUUAAUUUGGAAAUAUCCAAAUACAAACAAUUAUGAGUUUCGUCAUUUAAAUGAAUUUGACAAUAAUGGUAUAAAUUGCAAAAUGAAGGCAUACGAAGGUUGUUUGGAGUCAUGGAAUAAACAAUACUGGAAUCUUACAAAUUCUCUUAAAACACCUAUGGGUCCUGUAUUUGAUCAACGAUGGGAAGAAUUUAAACAGUAUGAAAAUCUUCAGGAUGUCUAUGAUUAUGUAGAUAUUGACCUUACUACUGAAGUAAAACUCUCUUUUUCUGUUCGUACACUCCAUGACGCAUAUAUAUUUAUCUGCAACGGUAAAAAUUAUAACAAAGAUCCUUGCUAUUGGAUCAUAAUAGGCGGUUGGAACAAUACAUCGUCUGUUAUACGAAAAUGUAUAACGGGAGUGCCUAUGUCUGGACAAUGGCCCUCCAGUUCAGAAUGCACAAAUCCACAAGCUUCUUUCAAACACACACCAUUAUCUGAAAGUGAAUGGCGAUCGUUUGUUAUUACAUGGAAUUCUAAGAGACAAAAAAUAACUGUUUAUGAUACUGAUAAAAUCAUUAUGACAUAUACAGACAAAGAAUGGCGUAAUUCGUACAAUAAAUACUAUAUGUUCAUUAGAAGUAUCUCACCUAUGUUGUUCCGAUUCCAUAUAUAUGACUUUCUACAUACGACUGUCGAGGAUGCAGUUUUGACAAGUCCUGUCUUUCAAGUUAAUAGUGAAACGAUAUGCAUACAAUUGAUAAUUGGCCUCUGCGCUGAAUGCGAUGCACAUGUAGUAUUGCGUAAUCCCGUGACUAAUAAAAAAUUAGCAAUAGUAAUAGCAAAAGGGUCUUUAAAAACCGCAGUUCAUGGCUUGUCUAUGUGGCAAUCCGUCGAAAUUAAGAGAAAUUUUUUUAAAACCAAUUAUAAUACUAAUAAUGGAAUAAUAAUCCAAUUAAUUCCUAAAAUCAAUAAGGACAGGGUUCCCUCUCAACACAGUACAAAUCCGUUGUGGGCGAUAGCAAACGUUCGUCAGUGUCCCCAAAAUGGAACUUUAAGGAAAAGUGUUAUAAUUUCAAAUCAAGAUAAGGAACAAAACAGUGGCAUCUUUUGGCCGACUUUAACGUGUCAAAAAUUAUUUUACAAUGAACAUUCCAUUGUAAAUCCUUUGUCACAUUAUAAAUCAGAUAUAAACUUAGAUGAUGCAGAUUGUCCUGAAGGAAAGAUUGGACCCCAAUGUUUAUUUUCUUGUAAACGUGAUCUAAGUAGUACAUCUAACUGUGAAAAAACUAAAAUUUGUUACAAAAAUGGUUGCACGUGUGCUCCGGGUUUUUUAGGAGACGAAUGUUUUAGACCUUGUCAAUCAAAUAAAUAUGGACAUGGUUGCAAGAAUACAUGUGGUUCAUGUUUUUACACAAACAAAGAACAUUGUAAUAAAGUGACUGGUGCAUGUGUUAAUGGCUUAUGUAAUAAUGAUGACAAUGCUACAAAAAUUUAUAUACCACCUUUAUGUCAAACAAGUGUAGAGAAGCCAAACACGCCUACGAUUAUCUCAACAAGCGAAACAACUAUUCGGGUCAAAACAACUAUGACAUGGAAAAAUGAAUACGAAGGAAUAUCAAUUCUAUAUUCUUUUGUUAUUCAAGGACACAUUAAAUACGGUCAACAAUCAUGGAAAAAGUUAUUUCGAAAUAUGACACAAUUGACAGAAUAUUUUGAAAACAUGGAACCUGGUGCUAUUUAUUAUAUUGGUCUAAGCUUAAAUAUUUCUGACGUGCAAAUACAUAGCGAUUGGCAAGUAACUGAGACUAAAUGCAAUCGGGCUGAGCAUUUCGAUGUAAAGCCCGAAGAAAACGGCAUAAUAAUUGAUUGGCAAACUAAUAUAAAGGAAUCAUAUUCAUGUCCAGCAAGUUGGUAUAAUCUGGUGAUUCGCAAUGUAAGUACAAAUAAUGUAGUCAUUGCCACAUCACCUCUAUCUUUUCCAUAUAAGUUACAACAUUUGUCACCAUACACGUCUUUUAAUGUGACCAUAUCACACAAAAAUCACACAUUAUUUUCCCAGGGAGUUAGUCUUGAAGGCGUCCCAUCUACAGUGUUAGAUCUUCAAAGUACGUUGUCAGUUAAUACAAGACUCACCUUGACUUGGAAGCCUCCAUAUCAACCAAAUGGUAAAAUAGUACGAUAUGAAAUAACCUUAAAGGUUGAGGAGUAUUAUGGGUGUAAAGAUUUAAAAUUACCUUCGCCGGAUAAUCAUAUUAUUACAAAAUUUACAACAGACUUAACGAUUACGAUUCCGGAUUUACAUCCGUAUACAUAUUACAGUGCGCAAGUUAUAGCACAUAAUUCACGACAUUUCAGUUCAACCGUACAGACAUUUUUUAAUACAACACAAUCUGAAAUACCAUCAGAAGUAUUUAGUAAGUUAAAAGUACAAGACUGGAAAUUGUCAUGGAUGCCGCCUGAAGAUUGUACAACAAUUUUGGGACCAAUAAAGGCUAGAAUAAACAUACGCGGAAUUAGCGAUGCUGUCAAAUACUUCAAAACAAACGAAAUAACUUCUUCCAAUUUUCUCGAUUUGUCCACAUUAAAUCCGAAAUUAAAUGGUGCUGAACUAUAUGUGGCAACAGUAUACGUAAUAAGAGAUUAUUCAACCAAAGAAUAUGUCUCCGCUUAUCAAAAAUACAAAUUCGAAACUCCGCCGACAGCUCCGCCUAGAGUAAACAAUUUAGAGAUCGUUGAGAUUGAUACUCGACAAACGCCUGCCAUGAUACAUUUGCGAUGGAAAAGUCCACAUUCACCUCUCAACGGAAAAUUGCAUAAUUAUAAUGUCGAAUUAUGUGACACAUAUAACGAAUCUUGCUCGAUUAUCAAAGUUCCAUUUAACGAAUCUUGUAAUUUGUGGGACGAUUAUAUAUGUAAAGUUGUUAAAAAAUCGUCUGUACCUUUUCAAACCAUUAAGGUUUCAGCAUGCAACACAAAUGUUACUGAACCAGGUCUUCCGGUUUCCGUAACUGACGAUAUGCUUAAUAAUACAACGCCGGACCCACCUGGAAACUGUACUUUUAUGAUCAAUAAUAACAGCGUGGUUGAUCUAAAUUGGCUUCAUCCUUGGAAGACAGGUGGCCAUCUUAAAUCUUUUCGUAUUCGAAUAAAAGAAAACUCCUCAAAUUUCAGAAAAAGUCUUUCUCGAUCACGCAGAAACGAAAUACUCGAAUUCCCAGUGACACAAUAUAUGCGUAACUACAGUGAGCGAUUAUAUUUAUUCCCAUCAACGCAAUACAAUAUCUCUAUUCAAGCUGUGACAGUUGCAAAUAUAUCGAGCAGAAUAAAUUCCGUGAAAAUUAAUACACCUUCAACCGCAGUUUUUGAUGGCACUCUAAAGAUCGAAAAAUUGAAUUCCACAUUAUUAAUGUAUAUACCGUCUAUCUUAAACGAUACUCAAGAUAGCAUGAUGCACAUAAUUGUAAAAGGCCCUAGUACUUGUGAACAAUAUUCGAAAGUGCCAGAAAAUUUAAGAGCGCUAGCAGGUGUGAAGAAGAACGAAACCGCUUGGCAAGCUGCUAAAGUUUCGACCAUUGAAUUGGCUGGCAGACGGUUUAGAAUCGGCGAUAAUGGAAUUUAUGGCAAUUCAACAAAUUGUCCAUUAAAAUUAGAAGAAUUUUACGAAAUAGUGAUUAUCGUAAUUGAACAACAUUCAACUACUGAGCCGAUUAUUCUUGCAAAAUCGUUUCGUGUUGACGAUGUUUCGAAUUUAACAAUACAUUACAUAGCAUGGCCGAUAUCUAUUAUAUUACUUCUCCUUGUGACAGGAACAGUUUUUUAUUUAUACCAAAGAUUAAAAUCUGCUGCAUGUGAUUUUGGCAGAAAAAGACAAAAAUGGACUCAAAUACAAAACGCUUUGUCCCCGAACAUUUGUGAACACGAAAUGGAACCUAUUAUGUCGAAUUCAAAGAAAGAUAUGUCAAUUCUUAAUAAACAAUCCUUUUUGCGGGCAACCACUUCGGAAGUGCCGCCUAUUGCUAUUACAAAUGCAAUCGUGAAGCAAGACAAAAUAACAUCAUUGGUGAAAGUAAAAGAUUUCGAGAAAUACGUCAGACAGGCAAUACAGUCAGGAUUGCUGGACAAACAAUACGAAAUGUUUGCAGAAAAACCAACUUGGUCGUGGAAUUACAAGAAAAUGUCUCAAAAUAAAUUUAAGAAUCAACAUGAUAAUUUUAUUACGUAUGACAAAACACGUGUGAUACUAAAAAAACAUCCAGAUGACAUUUAUUCUGAUUACAUCAACGCUAAUUAUAUCACUGAUUAUAAAAAGAAAAAACGUUACAUCGUGGCACAAGAACCUGAACCUGACACGAUCAUCGAUUUUUGGCGUAUGAUUUGGCAGGAGAACGUUUCUAUUAUUUGCACGUUGACAAAUGCGAUAAAAUGCGAGCAGUAUUGGCCGGAUAUUAGCAAGAAGAUGGAAUACGGCGACAUCAUUGUGUUAACCGCGAAGCAUAAAGUUUUUGCUAAUUACACUUUUAGAACUUUCCACGUUACUUAUAGAGAGGAAACUCGAAAGAUAGAACAUCUACAUUACACGACUUGGCCGGACCGUGGAAUACCAUUGCAUACACAUUCAGUAGUUACAUACAUGAAGAAAUUGCUGGCAAUUUCACCUGGAGACGAUUCCGUAGUAAUUCAUUGCAAAGAUGACACUGGAAGACUCGGUACCAUCAUUUUGUGUGACAUUUGUUUACAUCGAGUAGCGGCGGAAGGGUCGAUCGAUAUAUUUGCCGAAAUGUUGUCUAUUGUAAACCAAGGAGGUAAUAUAAUAGAUAACAAACAGCAAUAUUUCUUUGCACAUUUGGUAUUAGUGGAAUGUUUAUUUUCUAUUCCUACUACCUUAUCGUGUAACAAGAUGUUAAUUACACAAAUUAAGGAGUUAAAAAAACAAUCGCUGGCUCAGUAUCAAAGAUUACAGAACACUGCAUGGCAAGACGAAGUCUUGCGUCAAGUUACGUCUCCAUCGCCAUUGUCGAAACGUAAUCAAGCCAAAAAUAUAUUUCCGGAAUUAAUUUUAGACAAGGUUAGUAGAAUAUAUUUGAAAAGAUACCCAGCAUCAGAUGAGGACAGUGAUUACCUAUCUGGUGUUUAUGUAGACGGAGUGAAGUUUCAGAAUCAGUAUUUAGCCACGCAGCUUCCCAUGCCAUCAACGAUUAAUGAUUUCUGGCGAAUGAUUGCCGAGUUCAAAGUUGAACUUAUUCUUAUGCUGCAACAUCCUGAUUUUCAGGAUCCUACUUGCUGUUUGAUCGCUCCUAUAAGCGGCGUUUUCAAACCAAACUUAUAUUUGAAUAUCACUGUAAAAGAAACUGUAGAGACGCAAUAUUACACAUCACAAAAGUUAUUACUCAUUGAUAAUUCUGAGAAACCUUUAAGAAAACAAUAUGUGACUAUAUUGUGUUUAACGGAAUGGAAAUCUGGAAAGGAUCAACCACCACCGUCGGUUAUGACAAUGAUGACGUUUUGGCAAGCUGCUGAGAAUAUCACAAGAAGCGAUAAACUUAUUGUUACCCUUUGCCAUGACGGAGUAACUGGAUGCGGCCUUUAUCUAGCACUAAGUUUUUUACUGGAACGAAUGACCAUAGAAGAAGAAUGCGACGUUUAUUUGGCAGUGCGAGCUGUUAGACGAUCACGACCAGAUUUUGUUUGUUCUCUGGAACAUCUGGAAUACCUAUAUGAUGCUGUCGCAACAUAUUUGGAGUUCUUUGAAACGUAUGAAAAUAUCUUGUAAAGUGACAAUAAACAACCAACAAAACAAACAAAGUUACAUACACAUGUAUAAUAUAUCUUCUAUGCAAUUCAA